UUUCUCCAUGAUUCAACAAUAAGAACAACAACAUCUCAUGCUUACCCAACCCUCUAACUCUAACCUCAUGGCCAUGAUGGCUAAUACCAACCCCUCUUCUGCCAAACCUGCCCAGAAAUUUUAUCACGUUGUCGCUCAGAAACCAACUCGUCCUUAUUGCACUCAUUGAAAAAUCCAGGGUCACACUCUUGAAAUGUUACAAAUUAAACAGGUACCCCCCUGACCAUAAGUUUUAUGGCAAGAAUAAGAAGUUUGUUGUAGUUGUUGUUGCUCCUUCUCGAGCAUGUUCUGUUGAUAAUCAUGAUGAAGAGUCCUCUGAGACUAUGGUUCUUACCAAGGGUCAAUAUAAUCAAUACUGGCUUUGUUGCAUUCUAAGGACACUAGUUCAACCAUGGCCACCAUGUUUGUUACUCAACAUUCCCCAUCUCCUCAGCAUGUCACUAACUCCAAAGUCGCUGGACUUGUCAUCUUGGACAACAAUUGGGAUGGGUGAAGUGAGGGAUGGUUUGUAUCACCUACUGCGACUUGGUGUGUCACCCUCAGCUUUGGUUGAUGUUUUACCUGCUUUCCCUUAUAAAGACCAACUUCUUAGUGCUUCUGUUACACACAAGGAUUCCACUUCUGAUUUAUGGCAUUGUAGACUUGGACACAUUUCAUUUUCUAGGCUUCUUUUAAUUGAUGAUCCUCUUGCAAAACAGAACCUGAGUUCUUCCAAUACACAUCUCCUUGUUGUGUUUGCCCUUUGGCCAAGCAACAUCGACUCUAUUUUCAAAUUUCCACUAAUAAAUCUCUUAGUACUUUUGAUAUUGUUCACUAUGACAUCUGGGGUCCAAACCCCAUAAUUGCCAUUGAUGGUUCUUGAUUUUUCCUUACCCUUGUUGAUGAUUUCUCAAGGACCACAUGGGUCUACAUGCUCAAACAUAAAUUUGAUUUGAGAUCUUGUAUUGAAAGUUUUUACUACUUAAUUGAAACUCAA